AUGGAUGGUUCACAUGAAGUUUCCCUGGAGGAGUCAACUGAGGGAAGAGCAGGAGUAAGCAGCGAGCCCAAGGAGACACCCCAGGAUGGACAGACAGCUGAGGAGAUGGCUGUGCUGCAUGAGCAGGACCUUCUUGCUGCUGCCCAGGAGAAGGAAGGAGCACUGGAGGAUGCUGGAGAAGAUGCAGUGUUGGGUCACCUGUGGUCUCCUUCAGAGACUGGGAGCACCCUGCCCAGCAACUGGGCUGAAACACAGGACACAACCACCUCAUGGACUUCCCUGGGGGAAAACACUGCUGAGACACCAUGUCUGGAGGAUGCUGAACCCCUUGGACCACCCCCAGUGCUGCCUGAGUCCAAGGAGACUGUUUCCAGCCCUCACUCGGGUUGGGGGCAGCAGGAAACACAGCAGAGGAGCAGGGAGGACAACCAGCACGAUGGCUCAGCCAGCUUGGUGUGGACAGCCAGGCCAGGGAUGCUCUUUCAAGAGGACAGGCAGCCCAGCCUUCAUCCCCUCAGCCUGUCCUGGGUGUUGGGCUACAACAGCAGCCUGGCUGUGCACAGCCUGAUGGAUGGGGAGGACCUGGUGCUCCUGUAUGUCUCCUCCCACACAGUGGUCAUCCACGACAUCCUGAGGAACCGGCAGCACCACCUGCAGGGCCACACAAACGUGAUCUCCUGCCUGUGUGUGAGUGAGGACAGGCGCUGGGUGGCAACGGCUGACCGAGGGCCAGCUGCUCUGGUCAUCGUGUGGGACUCCUUCUCUGGGAUACCGGUCCGAACCAUCUUUGAGAGUCGCCCAGAGGAGGGGGUCAGUGCUAUCGCUAUUUCCCACGAUGCAAAGUACUUGGCAACCAUUAGUGCUGGGACAGUGCAGAGGGUUUGUGUUUGGAAUUGGACUUUGCCCACAGAGGAACCCCUGUGCAGUACAGAGCUGAGGCUGGAGUUUGGGUAUCAGGAUUAUGUCGUUUUUAACCCUCAAAAUCCCCACGAGUUUGUCAGCAACAGCAGAACCCAGGUGCUAUUUUACCUGUGGGAUGAUGGUGGUUUGCAGUAUGGAGCACCACUCCUUAGCAGGAAGACCUUCAGGAGCGUAGUGGGACACUUCAGCCAGUCAGCGUUUCAUUUUAACAGCUGCCAAGCUCUGACAGCCACCUCAGCUGGGAAGAUGGUGGUGUGGGACACUGGGGGUCCCUGCAGCCCCUCCAAGGAAGCUCAGGCCAAGCCACACCGUGUGAAGGCUGCCAAAGUGGUGCCCCUGCAGCAGCACAGCCUUACCGUGCUCGAGGUGCUGGAGAGCUGCAUCGUAACAGGUGAUGUGGAAGGUCAGGUUACGCUCUAUGACGGGCACCUGCAGCUCCUCACCUGCUGCAGCCACAGCAAAGUGGGUCCCAUUCGGUCCAUCUCCUUCUGCAAAAGCCCUCCUGAUGCUCCUGACACCUCCUCAGCCUGCUCCACCUCCAGCAGCCAGCCCUUUGUCACCAGGAACUUUAUCCUUUCAACCUCUGAUGCAACCGUGCUCCGUGUUGCAACAGACGGGACAAGCUCUGCGAAGGUCCUGGAAGAGGCGAAGGGAGCUGUGAGUGCCAUCGCCUGCCACCCCCGGAGGGCACUGCUGGCUCUGGGCACCCACUGUGGGCUGCUCAGGCUGUGGGACUACCAGCACACCCAGUACCUGGUUAGCAGGAUAUUCCCUGGGGCCAGCAUCCAGUGCUUGUGCUAUGACCCUGAAGGUUACUCUCUGGCUGCUGGUUUCACUGAUGGAAGCAUUUACAUCCUCGAUGCCAUUUCCCUUCAGUCCAGCUGCAAGGAGUUCAAGUUCUCCCGUGGCCCUGUAACUCACAUCAGCUUCUCUCACGACUCUCAGUACCUCGCCACUGCCGAUGAGAAAAACUCAGUGACUGUUUACAAGAGGGUCCUGCAAGAGGGGAGCAGAUGCUGGGAACACUUAGCAGGGCUGCACUCCCACCACAGACCCAUCCGAAGCAUCCUCUUUGGGGUGCAGUUAGACAGCGACGAGCCCAGGCUCCUGAGCCUCGGGGAGGAUCGGAGGCUGGUUGAGUAUGACCUGACCAGCAGCAGCAAAGACCACUUGGUGGUCUUGCACAGGGACUGGGUAGAGCAGACUGCUGUGCCCCUGUGCUUGGCCUGGUACCCACAGUUCAGCAACGAGUCCUUUAUCCUCACUGCCAACAACUGCUACAAAAUGAAGCUCUACAACACAACCACCAAAACUUGCAGAAUGACCGUUUUGGGACCAACCUAUGGCUCCCCGUUGGAGAAGAUACAAAUCCUUCCAUCGACAAACACUACGGACCCCCAGAAGCACUAUCUGGUGUACAUCACAAAGGACAAGGUGGGCUUGCAGAUUUUACCUGUUGAUGGCAACCCUCACAAGUCCUCAGCUUUCAUUUGCCACCCAGAUGGUGUCUCUGACCUUGCCAGCUCCUACGAUGGCCGCUACGUCUUUACAGCAGGCGGGAACGACUGCACUGUUAUGAAAUGGGAGGUCAAUCUAAAUGCCUUGGAUGCUGCUUCUUUCCUGGGUGGGAAGGACUUGAUCCCAUUCUACAACCUACUGGAUGGUGGCAGAGAGGGCGAAUUCUUCAGGGAACUGGAAGAUUAUUUUUACUAUGCACAGCUGCGCAGCCACGGUAUCGACACGCUGGAGACCAGACAGGUGUCAACAUACAUUCCCUUGGAGGAAAUCCCUUCUGUAAUGAGAGCUAUGGGAUUUUAUCCAUCAGAGGAGCAGAUUGAAGAAAUGUUAAACGAAGUCAAAUUCAGCAAAUAUGUGGAUACUGGAGAGCAAGUGACACGAAUCAAUCUAGAGGAUUUGAUCAAGCUGUAUGUAAACCACCGACCUGCCUUUGGCUUGUCAAUGACAGAGAUACAGCGAGCGUUCCGGGUCCUUGGGUACGACAACGAGCACGGAGACAAAGUUAUCGACAGAGGAAACUUCCUGCUGCUGCUUCAGAGCAGAGGAGAGCACAUGACAGAGGACGAGCUGGCGCAGUGUCUGACCACCCUGUUGGGCAAGUGUCCCAGGGGAGGAGGAUCUGACCCAGACACCUGCCAUCCCUCAGGUGCAGCAGCUUUGGCUGAAGAAGAAAUUCCAGAGGAAAUCACAGCAGAGAUAUUUGUUACUCACAUUCUUGGCUUACCUAUUGCUGAACCAGAGAAGCGGGACAUAAAAAAAGGAGAAAAAGCUGGAUCUUUGGUCCAUGAAGACACAGAAGCAUCGCUGCCAUGA